AUGAGCUCAUUCGUUAAUCUGAAAGACUACGUCGAUCCUGCUGGAGUUUCUUGCUUGAACGUAAAAGACGAGAGUUCAGUUAAACAACUUCUCGGUAGAACUGGUAGUCGUAUAGGGUUGUUGGAAUCUGACGCAGAUGAAAAUUUACUCCUCAGUGUAGCCUUUGAUCAGACUGUAAAGGUACACUCACUUAAAUUGGGUCAUUCUGUAUUAGAAUACGCACCAAAAGAAAUAAAGAUCUUCAUAAAUACCCCGGAACUCGAUUUUGAUAAGGCAGAGGAUGAUUUAGAGACACCAAAAGGAGAUGCAAUGGCUGUUUUAUCGCUCACAGAAAAGCAGGCUAUUGGUGAGGAUAGCAUACAACUCCGUUUUGUUAGAUUCCAAGCCGUGAACUCCAUUCAGAUAUACGUAAAAUCAAACCAAAGCGAUGGCGAUAUUUCGAAGAUCAGCCAAGUUGAUUUGUACGGACAGAGCAUUCACACCACUAAAAUGGCCAACUUUGGCAAAGAAGAAGACUGA